CUGAGGUUAUGGGGUGGGAUCUUAUGGGGUCUUAAGGCGGUUCUGAGGUUAUGGGGUGGGAUCUUAUGGGUCUUAAGGUGGUUCUGGGGUUAUGGGGUGGGAUCUUAUGGGGUCUUAAGGUGGUUCUGGGGUUAUGGGGUGGGAUCUUAUGGGGUCUUAAGGUGGUUCAGGGGUUGUGGGGUCUUAAGGUGGUCCUGGGGUUGUGGGGUGGGAUCUUAUGGGGUCUUAAGGUGGUUCUGAGGUUAUGGGGUGGGAUCUUAUGGGGUCUUAAGGCGGUUCUGAGGUUAUGGGGUGGGAUCUUAUGGGUCUUAAGGUGGUCCUGGGGUUGUGGGGUCUUAAAGUGGUUCUGAGGUUAUGGGGUGGGAUCUUAUGGGGUCUUAAGGUGGUUCUGGGGUUGAGGGGUCUUAAGGCGGUUCUGAGGUUAUGGGGUGGGAUCUUAUGGGGUCUUAAGGCAAUUUUGGGGUUAUGGGGUCAGAUCUUAUGGGGUCUUAAGGUGGUUCUGGGGUUAUGGGGCGGCUUCCUAUGGGUUUCUGUGGGGUUGUGGGUCAGUGGGGGUGGGAUCUUAUGGGAUCUUAAGGUGGUUCUGGGGUCUUAAGGUGGUUCUGGGGUUAUGGGGCGGCUGUGGGGCAGCGGAUGGACGGCGCCAUCCCGCCUUCAGGCCCCAUCAACCGCGAGAUGCGGCACCUGAUCAGCAGCCUGCAGAACCACAACCACCAGCUGAAGGGCGACGUGCAGCGCUACAAGAGGAAGCUGCGCGAGGUGCAGGCCGAGAUCGGAAAGCAUCGCCUGCAGCCCAGCGGCGCCCCUCCCCCUCCCAGCUCGGCCCCUCCCCCCCCCACCCCCCCCCAACCUCCUCCACCACGGCCCCCCCCGAGGACCCCCAACAUGGAGGAGGAGGAGGAGGAGGAGGAGGAGGAGGAGGAAGUGGGAAAAAGGAUUCCGAGGUUGCUGAAGCAGCUGAGGGGGGAGCUGAAGAAGGCGCAGGAGAGCCAGAAGGAGAUGAAGCUGCUGCUGGAUAUGUACAAAUCAGCUCCCAAGGAGCAACGGGACAAAGUGCAGCUGAUGGCGGCCGAGCGCAAGAGCAAGGCGGAGGCGGAGGAGCUGCGGUGCCGGGCGAGGGAACUGGAGGAGAGGGAGAGGAAGGAGAGCAAGAAGCUGGCGGACGAGGAGGCGCUGAGGAGGCUGAGGGCAGCGGAGGAGAGCAUUGAGGGGCUGCAGAGGAGGCUGCAGGCCACCAAGCAGGAGGAGGAGGCCCUGCUGUCGGAGAUGGACGUGACAGGUCAGGCCUUCGAGGACAUGCAGGAGCAGAACCUGAGGCUGCUGCAGCAGCUGCGGGAGAAGGACGACGCCAACUUCAAGCUGAUGUCGGAGCGCAUCAAAGCCAACCAGAUCCACAAGCUGCUGCGCGAGGAGAAGGACGAGCUGGCCGAGCAGGUGCUGGCCCUCAAGGCCCAGGUGGACGCGCAGCUGCUGGUGGUGCAGAAGCUGGAGGAGAAGGAGCGCGUGCUGCAGGGCAGCCUGGCUGCGGUGGAGAAGGAGCUGGCGCUCAGAUCGCAGGCGCUGGAGCUCAACAAGAGGAAGGCGGUGGAGGCGGCGCAGCUGGCCGAAGACCUGCGGGCGCAGGGCGAACACGUGCAGGGCCGCCUGAGGGAGCUGCAGGCCUGCGCCGCCGAGAACCGCGCCGCCAAGGACAAGGAGUCGCUCAGCCUCAAGAGGGCGCAGGAGGAGCUGUCGCGGCUGCGCCGGAAGCUGGAGAAGCAGCGCAAGGUGGAGGUUUACGCUGACGCCGAUCAGAUCCUGCAGGAGGAGAUCAAGGAGUACAGGGUGCCAUGGGGGCUGGGGGGCUCUAUGGGGUUGCUAUGGGUUGCUAUGGGGCUCUAUGGGGUUUUAUGGGGUUCUAUGGGGUGCUGUGGGGUUGUGGGGUGCUAUGGGGUUGCUAUGGGGUUCCUAUGGGGUUUCUAUGGGGUUUCUAUGGGGUUGUGGGGUUCCUAUGGGGUUGCUAUGGGGUUUCUAUGGUGUUCUAUGGGGCUCUAUGGGGUUUUAUGGGGUUCUAUGGGGUUUCUAUGGGGUUGCUAUGGGCUUGCUAUGGGGUUUCUAUGGGGUUAUGGGGUUUCUAUGGGGUUUGUAUGGGGUUCUGUGGGGUUCUAUGGGGUUUUAUGGGGUUCUGUGGGGCUCUAUGGGGUACUAUGGGGUUCCAUGGGGUUCUAUGGGGUUUGUAUGGGGUUUCUAUGGGGUUUUAUGGGGUUCUAUGGGGUUAUAUGGGGUUGUGGGGUUCCUAUGGGGGUUGCUAUGGGGUUCUAG